AUGCUCGCGUCUUGCUCAGGCAGGAAGGGGCCGGAGGGCAGGUACCCGCUGCACUACCUCGUCUGGCACAACCGAGCCCGUGACCUGGACCGGGAGCUCAGCGCCAAGCAGGCUGACAUCGAGCAGCUCGACCCCCGAGGACGCACCCCCCUGCAUCUGGCCACCACACUGGGCCACCUUGAGUGUGCCAGGGUGCUGCUGAAGCAUGGAGCCGAUGUGGGCAAGGAGAACCGCAGUGGCUGGACAGUCCUGCAGGAGGCUGUGAGCACCCGUGACCUGGAGCUGGUGCAGCUGGUUCUGCGCUACCGCGACUACCAGAGAGCCAUCAAACGCCUGGCUGGGAUCCCCAUUCUGCUGGAGAAGCUGCGCAAGGCCCAGGACUUCUAUGUGGAGAUGAAGUGGGAAUUCACCAGCUGGGUGCCACUGGUGUCCAAGAUCUGCCCCAGUGACACCUACAAGGUGUGGAAGAGUGGCCAGAACUUGCGGGUGGACACCACGCUGCUGGGCUUUGACCACAUGACCUGGCAGCGGGGCAACCGCAGCUUUGUCUUUCGGGGUCAAGACACCAGCGCAGUGGUGAUGGAGAUAGACCAUGACCGGCGGGUGGUCUACUCGGAGACACUGGCCCUGGCUGGCCAUGACCAGGAGGUGCUGCUGGCUGCUGUGCAGCCCACCGAGGAGCAGGUGAUGGGGCGGCUGACGGCCCCCGUCGUCACUACCCAACUUGAUACCAAGAACAUCGCCUUUGAGAGGAACAAGUCUGGGAUCCUGGGCUGGAGGAGUGAGAAGACAGAAAUGGUGAACGGGUAUGAGGCCAAGGUCUAUGGCGCGUCCAACGUGGAGCUGAUCACACGGACGCGGACAGAGCACCUCUCAGACCAGCACAAGGGCAAGAGCAAAGGCAGUAAGACACCCCUGCAAUCCUUUCUGGGCAUCGCUGAGCAGCAUGUGGGGCCCAACAAUGGGACACUGAUCACGCAGACGCUGAGCCAUGCCAACCCCACCGCCAUCACCCCUGAGGAGUACUUCAACCCCAACUUCGAGCUGGGCAACCGGGACAUGGGGCGGCCCAUGGAGCUCACCACCAAGACGCAGAAGUUCAAGGCAAAGCUGUGGCUGUGUGAGGACCACCCGCUGUCCCUCUGCGAGCAGGUUGCCCCCAUCAUUGACCUCAUGGCGAUCAGCAACGCGCUCUUCGCCAAGCUGCGAGACUUCAUCACCCUGCGCCUCCCGCCCGGCUUCCCUGUCAAGAUUGAAAUCCCCAUCUUCCACAUCCUCAAUGCCCGCAUCACCUUUGGGAACCUCAACGGGUGUGACGAGCCGGUCAGCUCCCUGCGGCACAGUCCCAGCAGUGAGGCACCCUCGCCCAGCAGUGAUUCCUCCAGCGUCAGCAGCUCCAGCUCCCUCACCUCGUGCCGGGCGUGCGAGAUGGACCCAGCACUGUUCGAGGUGCCACGGGGGUACAGUGUGGUGGGCACCCACCAGGAUGCCCUGCGGGAGGAUGAGGAUGACCUGCUGCAGUUUGCCAUCCAGCAGAGCCUGCUGGAAGCGGGCAGCGAGUAUGAUCAGGUCACCAUUUGGGAAGCACUGACUAACAGCAAGCCAGGCACCCACCCCAUGUCACAUGAAGGCCGCCGAGGAGACAGGUUGGACUCCCCAGCACACAGCAGCCCCCCGUCCUCCUGUCACCCCAGCCCCGACGGGGGGCGGUGGGGGCCCCAGCGCCCUGUUCCCCAGCUAUGCAGAGCAGCUGCGGUUGGCCAUGGCACUCUCAGCACGGGAGCAGGAGGAAGCGGAGCGCCGGACACGCCAGGAGGAGGAGGAGCUGCAGCGGAUCCUGCAGCUCUCACUGACAGAGAAGUGACCCCAAGUCCCCACUGA